AUGAGUUCAGUGGACAAAAAUGGGGACUCCCCCGUUCCAAUGGUUCCUUCCAGACCCGCAAAACGCCCAGAAAGCUCGCCAGAGAACGCGUUGCCGGCAAUACCUACCAACCGACCUUUGAGAAACCGCACCACGGGAUAUUUGAGCCAGGUUGCCCCCAAAGUACCAUCCACGAGGCCUACUAGAAGACACACAGAGGAAUUCAAUGUGGGUGCUGAUCAUCAUGAUGGACAUUUCGACGCGCAACCCGCAAUUGAGACGAUCAAAACACAAGAAAACAAAGAUAGGUCCAGUAAAGGUCCGGAAGACUUGGAAAGAGAUGACAGUUUACAAAAUGAAGAAGUUCAUGUACAAAACGAUGCUAGCUCAUCAGGAAUCGGGGAAAGCUCGUUCACACCUCGGGAAGAGUUGAGAGAUAGUUCAAGCAUCGAUGGCAUUGAACACAGGGUUGAGACACCUUCCGCGGACAAUGAAGUUCUAAAAUCAAUGGGUUCUGCGGAUCCUUUGAGCGAUCAACCUGUUUCACAGUCUAAAGAAAAGGCACAGGUCAGUUCGAGCAAUUCUGCGAACAAUCUCUCAACUUCUACGGAAUCAUUGGCAGACACGGAGCUUGGUGGUAAGUCAGAUAGCUCUGAUCUCAACUCUGCGGAAAGUAAAGGGCAAAGUCCCAAAAAUCUUGCAGGUUCAGGUCAGGGCGAAAAACUUAUCGAUGGUGGCCUGGUUGAAGAUGACGCCCUAGCUGAGAAGACGGAUCAGCAGGCUUCGAAAGAUCGUGAUCUCGGUGAUCUUGGCGGGGAUGAAUCGACAAUACCUUCCAAUGAGAAGAAUAUAACCAGUGGUGAACAACACAGAAAAGAGGGCUCACACGAUCUUGAUGUGACUCAAGGGGAGCGAAAAGAAGAAGCUUCCAAACCUACAGAUGUCCCACCUAAAAUAUGCUCAAACGAUGCCACUUUUCCUUCAUCGCCAAAAGACCAGCCAGGCGAAACUCCGAAAAUACCACAGAGACCCGCUAAGAGAGCUCCACCCAAGAAGCCAUCUUCGAAGAUCGCAGCCUUUCAGGAAAUGCUGAAGCAGCAACAGCUACAGGACCAAUCGAAGUCGAAAGGUGUUGAAGGAAGUGGUCAGCUUCUAGGCGAUGGAAAAGCCAAAAUUGCGUCUAAUCUCAACGGAAUAUUUGGUCUACCAAGUUUGGGUGGUGGGCCUGUCCCUGUCACACAGCCAGCAGUAGCUCAGGGAGAAGGGAAGGAUGACGAAACUGCCGUUGCCAGUAGUUCAACCGAUACGGUAAAAAAUAUGGAGCCAACUACGCAACGAAGAGCAAGAGGGCCGAAAGGAAGAAAGCUUCCGACGCGCUUAGCUGGUGUAGAGAAAGUCGAGGGCACAGGUAGCCCUUAUGGCAUCCAGGUGGUUAAGGCCUGGUCUAUAAGCUUUCAGCUGAGUCCCCAAGCUGAGUUGACAGAACCCACUGAAAAUUCUGUUGUCGAGAGAGUUGAGGGAGGUCAGGGAUCUGAUGAAGAGCUCGUCACACCACCAGCUUUGGAGACCAGGGGCCCAAUAGAUGCCGAAAGUCUUGCAACUGCAAACCUCAAAGCGAAUGACAAUGCUGAGAAGAUUGGACAGAGGGUCGAACCGUCAAGCUCAAAAGAUAAUGACAUCGAUGCCACUUAUGACAUAGUCGACGAUCUCCUCGAGGAUCAUGAGCUCACGUCUUCUACCAGCGAAGAUGAGAAUGGGGAAAGGUUGGCAGGAAUUAAUGCAUUGGGCAAAAACUCAUCUAGUGGCAAAGAAGAAUCAAGUGGCCCUUUCAAGCAAGACAAUGAGCAAGGAUCGGAGCUAGUCAAUUGA